UUUCAAAAUCGUUCAGCCCUUUUAUCUAUCCAUCGAUAAAUUGACACGAAUUUGCAGCCAUAUUCAAUAAUACACGUGUACGUCGCAACGGUUGAGAUUCGUGCACUGUGAUUCGUACGCGUGUCCUUCCACUCCCUUCAUCCUCAUUUGAGCCAUCAUCAAGCCUCUUAAUUGCAUUUUAAGUGCAUAUUCCUCAAGUUAAUUUCUUGUACGAUUGCUUAUCACUUCCCUCGCGAGGGACGGGAAUGGAAAGUGGGGAAGGGAAGUGUGCACGUGUGUGUGUGUGUGUGGGGGGGGGGGGUACGUGUUGUAUUUAUCCAAGCGUCUGUUUUAUUGCGCGCAGGACAAUAAAGAAUGUCGAAUUAGAAGCCAUCGUGCGUUUGUUUAAGUGCGCCAAGCAUCAUAUCGCCCCGGCGCAAUGAGGCUUCAAGUGCACAAUGACAUGUGGCGUCUUUGUGCUGCUUGCUGUUCUAACAUGGACGUGCAUGUGGCCUUGGCGUUUUUUUUUCCCUGCCGCCUCGUACGCCCUUCAUUAAUAAGGCUGGAGGUCAACGUCAAUGCUUCCGCGUCCACGGACGUGCGUGGGAGGAGGUGGUGGGGGGUGGGGGGGCAACCUCGCGAACGGCAACUUGUCAACUUGUUGUCAAUGAGUGAGACUGAAUGAAAAUAUCGCAGUUCCUCUUCUUCGUCUUGUACUUGUUCCCGAUGGCGCAAGAGAGGAGUUUCCCCCAGCAUCCAGGGAGCCAAUGGAGGCUCUCCCACCGUCUCACAUGAGUUUCUCAGGACGGCUUUUUUUUUUUUAAUGACCGAUAUUGAUGUAUGGUAAUUUCUUGGCCGUGGAUCACAUGACACAAUUACCUCAAGAAUCGAUCAAGAUGUAUAGCGAGCCCGCUCGCGGCUCUUUGCUCGCGUCGGGACUGGCGAGCCAAACGGGCUAAGUUGAAAGGACACAAGCCGCGGAGAAGAAGUCUCCUCCUCCGCUUUCUCCACCCGUCGCCGCAGACAUGACGGACUACGACGAGCGCGCGUCCAACAUGUAUCUGCCCAGCUGCACUUACUACGUCUCCACACCCGAUUUCACGUCCGUCUCCUCCUUUUUGCCGCAAAGCACCUCGUGCCAGGUGAAUUUCCCCUACUCGGCCAACAUCGGACAACCUGUUCGCGAGGUCUCCUUCAGGGAUUACGGACUGGAGCACCCCAGCAAAUGGCACUACCGGGGCAACUACGCGUCCUACUACUCCUCGGAGGAGAUCAUGCACCGGGAUUUGAUCCAGUCGUCCUUCAAAAGCGAGAACCUGUACGGCGGCGGCCACCACGCGGGCACCGGCUCGCCCUGCAACCUCUUCCCCGGCGUGGGACGCAACGGGGUCCUGCCGCAGGGCUUCGACCAGUUCUUCGACGGCUCCAACCCGGACAAGAACGCCGCCGAGCCGCCGCCGCCGCCGCCGCAGCCCAGGCAAAAAGCUGCCGAGGACGCGGCCGGGGACGCCAAAGUGGACCAGCGCGCCGGAGACACGGCGGCCAGCGUGGACGACGACUCGUCGUCCAACUGUGGCGACAAGAACAGCCAGCAGACCUCGUCCAGCAAGUCACGGAAGAAAAGGUGUCCCUACUCCAAGUACCAGAUCCGAGAACUUGAACGAGAGUUCUUCUUCAACGUCUACAUCAAUAAGGAGAAGCGCCUGCAGCUCUCCAGGAUGCUCAACCUGUCCGACCGCCAAGUCAAGAUCUGGUUCCAAAACAGACGAAUGAAGGAGAAGAAGCUCAACCGCGACCGUCUACAGUACUUCACUGGCAACCCCCUCUUCUGAUACACAGUAGAAAUACACUAACAAU